CUUGCCUCUCCUUUCUCCUCACACACUCCUGUUCUAGUUCUCGAAUCAGUUCUUUUGUCUUUGGUUUUGAUAUCUGAGCAGCCAUGUCUUUGCUCACCGAUCUCAUCAACCUGAACCUCUCCGAUUGCACAGAGAAGAUCAUAGCCGAGUACAUAUGGAUUGGAGGGUCAGGUAUUGAUAUAAGAAGCAAAGCAAGGACACUUCCUGGCCCGGUGAGUGAUCCAAGCAAGCUUCCGAAGUGGAACUAUGAUGGCUCGAGCACUGGUCAAGCUCCCGGGAAAGACAGUGAAGUGAUCCUACAUCCCCAGGCGAUUUUCAAGGAUCCUUUCAGGAGGGGCAACAAUAUCCUUGUCAUGUGUGAUUGCUACACACCGGCCGGAGAGCCAAUUCCUACUAACAAACGAUACAAUGCCGCGAAGAUAUUUAGCCACCCGGAUGUUGUUGCUCAAGAAACUUGGUAUGGUAUCGAGCAGGAGUACACUCUCCUUCAGAAGGAUGUUAAGUGGCCUCUUGGCUGGCCAGUUGGGGGCUUCCCGGGUCCUCAGGGCCCCUACUAUUGCUCAGCUGGUGCAGACAAAGCUUUCGGGCGCGACAUAGUUGAUGCUCAUUACAAAGCCUGUCUUUAUUCUGGGAUAGACAUAAGUGGCAUCAACGGAGAGGUCAUGCCAGGCCAGUGGGAGUUCCAAGUAGGGCCUUCAGUCGGCAUCUCUGCGGCUGAUCAAAUGUGGAUUGCGCGCUACAUUCUUGAGAGAAUCACUGAGAUUGCUGGAGUGGUGCUGUCUUUCGACCCGAAACCAAUUCAGGGUGAUUGGAAUGGAGCUGGUGCUCACACAAACUACAGCACCAAAGCCAUGAGGAGUGAUGGUGGCUAUGAAGUCAUCAAGAAAGCCAUCGGAAAGUUAGGCCGGAGGCACAAGGAGCACAUUGCAGCCUACGGUGAAGGCAACGAACGCCGGCUUACCGGCCGUCACGAGACCGCGGACAUCAACACCUUCAUCUGGGGAGUGGCGAACCGCGGAGCGAGUAUUCGCGUCGGCCGCGACACUGAAAAAAAUGGCAAAGGUUAUUUCGAAGAUAGAAGGCCGGCUUCUAACAUGGAUCCGUAUGUCGUUACUUCGAUGAUCGCGGAGACUACAAUCCUGUUAGAAGAAUAACUUGAGUUGGCUACGAAGGUGGAAACUGGAAAGUGUGUGCUGCUCUCUUUGUCCUUUGAAAUCCUUCAUAAAAGCCUUUUAUGUGUGUGUUUGUAUGUGAUUGGGUGUUGAGCCACGGCAGUUGCCUUGAGUGAGAAGAUCACUCAACACUAUACUGAUAGCAAUAAAAGUGUUUCCUAUGUGACAAUGUCUUUAGCUCAA